AUUAGUCAUGUCAGGUAAUACAAUACUUCUGGUAAUUUCAAAGUUCAAACCCGAGAGAAAGUGGAGAGAAGUGGAGAAAGAGAAGGAGCAGCGUCUUGCCGUCUUCUUCUAGUACUACAUUUCCUUUCUCUCGUAUUUCAAAUCGUUGAAACUUAAUCUCUAAGAUUUUAAUAAGUGCUGCAGAUCUCAUCGAUCCCGUGAGAGCUCGAAUUUUAGGGUUUUCGACUCGGAUCAAUCGAUCUCCCGCUCAACUUUCUCUGUAUACUCGAUCGGUUUCUAAUUGAUCGGAUCCUCUGAUUGUUGUAACAAGAAAUGGAGGCGAUCGAGGAGUUGACUCAGCUGUCAGAGUCGAUGCGGCAAGCGGCGGCGUUGCUGGCCGACGAAGAUGUUGAUGAAAAAUCCAGCUCCUCCACUUCUAGGCGCUCCUCCACUUUCCUCAAUGUUGUUUCCCUUGGCAACGUUGGUGCUGGUAAAUCUGCAGUUUUGAACAGUUUAAUUGGGCAUCCUAUCCUGCCAACUGGUGAAAAUGGUGCUACUCGGCUUCCCAUAAGCAUUGGUCUACAGAAGGAUGGCUCUCUGAGCAGCAAAUCCAUUAUACUGCAAAUUGACAACAAAUCACAACAAGUUUCUGCAAGUGCUUUACGGCAUUCUUUACAGGAUAGGCUAAGUAAAGGUGGCUCAAUCAAAGGCCGUGAUGAAAUAUAUUUGAAGCUUCGUACUAGCACAGCACCUCCACUAAAGCUAAUUGAUUUACCUGGACUGGAUCAACGUUUCAUGGAUGAAUCGGUGGUUAGCGAAUAUGCUGAGCACAACGAUGCCAUUUUGCUAGUUAUAAUUCCUGCGGCCCAAGCAUCUGAAAUUGCUUCUUCUCGAGCCCUCAAAGUUGCAAAGGAAUACGAUGGAGAAGGUACCAGAACUAUAGGCAUAAUUAGUAAGAUAGAUCAAGCUGCUUCAGAUCAGAAAGCUCUUGCAGCUGUACAGGCUCUCCUUUUAAAUCAGGGGCCAUCAAAAACAACAGAUAUACCAUUUGUUGCUCUAAUUGGUCAAUCAGUUGCAAUAGCUUCUGCACAACCUGGAUCUGAAAGCUCUUUGGAAACUGCAUGGAGGGCAGAGAGUGAAAGCCUGAAAUCUAUACUUACUGGAGCACCUCAAAGCAAGCUUGGCAGAUUAGCAUUGGUUGAGGUUCUGGCGCAGCAGAUACGCAAGCGCAUGAAAGUGCGGCUUCCCAACCUCCUUUCUGGGUUACAAGGGAAAUCUCAAAUAGUUCAGGAUGAGUUAGUAAGGCUUGGUGAGCAAAUGGUGCAUAGUGCUGAGGGCACAAGAGCCAUAGCUUUGGAACUUUGCCGUGAAUUUGAGGAUAGAUUUCUUCAGCAUAUUGCAACCGGUGAGGGUGCUGGGUGGAAAAUUGUUGCCAGCUUUGAGGGAAAUUUUCCAAAUAGGAUUAAGCAGCUGCCUUUGGACCGACAUUUUGAUAUAAAUAACGUCAAGAGAAUUGUGUUAGAAGCAGAUGGUUAUCAGCCAUACCUUAUUUCCCCUGAGAAGGGUUUAAGAUCUUUAAUUAAAGGUGUGCUGGAGCUGGCAAAAGAUCCAUCUCGUCUUUGCGUUGAUGAGGUACACCGGGUCCUGGUAGAUAUAGUUUCUGCUUCUGCAAAUGCAACUCCAGGUUUGGGAAGAUACCCACCUUUCAAAAGAGAGGUUGUUGCCAUUGCAAGUGCUGCUCUAGAUGAAUUUAAGAAUGAAGCAAAGAAAAUGGUUGUUGCAUUGGUUGACAUGGAGCGAGCUUUUGUGCCUCCACAACACUUCAUACGUCUGGUGCAAAGGAGGAUGGAAAGGCAAAGGCGAGAAGAAGAGCUGAAGAACCGAUCCUCCAAGAAAGGACAAGAGAUGGAGCAAGCUACAUUGAACAGGGCUACAAGCCCUCAAACUGCUGGUCAGCAAACUGGAGGAAGCUUGAAAUCGAUGAAGGAUAAAUCGGGUCAGGCAGAGAAAGAAGAAAAGGAAGGCUCAACUUUAAAGACUGCUGGUCCUGAAGGAGAGAUAACGGCAGGUUUUCUGUUAAAGAAAAGUGCGAAAACUAAUGGAUGGGUCAGGCGAUGGUUUGUUUUGAAUGAGAAGACAAGAAAGCUUGGCUACACUGAAAAGCAGGAGGAAAGACUUUUUCGUGGUGUUAUUGCUUUGGAGGAAUGUAACAUUGAAGAAGCUUUGGAUGAUGAAGAACCGCCCUCAAAAAGUUCAAAGGACAAGAAGGCAAAUGGGACUGAGAAAGCACCUAGUCUUGUGUUCAAGAUAACGAGCAAGGUUCCUUAUAAAACCGUUCUUAAAGCCCACAGUGCUGUUGUUUUGAAGGCUGAGAGUGCAACUGACAAGGUUGAAUGGUUGAGUAAGAUAAGAAAUGUUAUUCAACCUUCAAAAGGACAGAUGAAGUCUGAAGGGGGUCCUCCCUUGCGACAGAGUCUUUCUGAUGGAUCUCUUGACACAAUGGCUCGAAGACCUGUUGACCCUGAAGAAGAACUUCGAUGGAUGUCACAAGAAGUACGUGGUUACGUUGAAGCAGUUUUGAAUAGUUUGGCAGCUAAUGUUCCAAAAGCAGUUGUCCUUUGUCAGGUUGAGAAGGCUAAGGAAGACAUGUUAAACCAAUUAUACAGCUCUAUCAGUGCUCAAAGCACACAAAGGAUUGAAGAGUUGCUUCAAGAGGACCAUAAUGUGAAGCGAAGGAGGGAACGUUAUGCCAAGCAGUCCUCUCUCCUAUCAAAACUGACACGCCAACUCAGCAUUCAUGAUAACCGAGCCGCUGCUGUAUCUGGCUGGUCUAAUGGUAGUGUUGGAUCAGAAAGUAGCCCAAGGACUAGCAGUACUGCUACAGGUGACGACUGGAGAUCUGCAUUUGAUGCAGCUGCAAAUGGUUCUGUUGAUUACAAUUCUUAUGGUGAUUCAUCUACGGCUUCAUCCAAUGGUUACAGUGAUGCAGUACAGAACAGUGAUAAGAGAUCUAGAUCAAACCCCAGCAGCCGUCGUACUCCUAAUCGAGUAGCGCCUACACCACCACAAUCUGGUUCCAAAUAUUUUUAGAUUAUUGACAGGUUUUGCUUGACAAGUAAGUACUACUGCAUUUUUGGUGGGUGCAUUCGGUCUUGAGCCCACAUCAUGAUUGGAGCAUUUUGUUUUCGUAAAUUUAACACUAAAAUUUGUAGAAAGAGAAUGGAGACGUGCGUACAUAAGAAUAUGGUUUCGUAAAUCAGUUUUGUUUUUUCUUAGCGUGCGUGGAUGUCAGGAGACUCGGAACUUUGGAUUCGAGAGCUUCUUUAAAUCUACUCAUCAUAUUUUUCCAUUUACUUUUUUUUUUUUUCGUUUGGUAGCUACCAUAUCUUUCUUCCAUUUAAUAGCUAUGUUUAUUUUUAUUU